AUGGGCUGGAUUCAGCUGAUAGUUUGCCUGCUUUUGACAGUGCAAGGCUCACGUAGCAUCAUAUGGCCAUGCGAGGACCACAGCGACUGUAAGGUCGAAAGCGCUGACUGCUCCAUAUUCGGCUACUGCCAGUGCCCAGCAGGUUAUGUCUUUUCGACCGACGUCACGCGCUGCCUGCCAGAGUCCGCGUAUGGCGUAGCGUGUCAGGAGGCGGUCCAGUGCUCUCAUAUGCUCACCGGUGCCAGGUGUGACGCCGGCGUUUGCACCUGUGACAGUGACUACACGUACGUUCGCGGCCGCUGCCGGAAGCUGGUGGAUCUUGGCCAACCGUGCACCGACGAUAUCGAUUGCUUCUUCAGCCACAACCGGGAGUCGGUCGUGUGUCAACGGGGGUCCUGCGAGUGUGCCGACGGGUUUUACCGGCGCAGCAGCAACGUUUGCCGGCGGCGUGUGACAAACGGCGAGCCAUGCUUAGUGCAUCAGGAUUGCGACGGAGAUAACCUGCGGUGCACGAAUCAGCUCUGUACCGAUGCGGCAGCACAAACGAAAUCCUUCCGGGAUGUGGCCAUACAGGCAUCGGACGCAGUGGAGAAGCCGAACGAAAAAGGGCCACCGUCGAAAGGGGACGGCCGGCUGGAUUGGCCUACGACGCGUGAUACAGGGACGAACACGGACGCGGCUAACACGAAGCGCGUGCAAAUUAACACCAAGCGUUCAACGCAAGCCAACGAUUGCGAAAGGUGUCGCAAAUUUGGCGAUCCUUGCAUCGACGAGGGCGUCGAGUGCCCGGAAGUGCCUUACUCGGUGUGCCGCAUGGGUCAGUGCCACUGUAAGGAGGGAUAUUACAACAUGCAGGGCCGGUGCAUGGCCGAACUGGGCGAGUAUGCCCACGACGAUCAGUACUGUGAACCGGACGCGUUGUUCAGCAACAAUCGGUGCGUGUGCCGAAAUGACCAGUUUUACGAUUUGAACAUGCGCUCCUGCCUAAAGCCCGCCCUAGGCAUCAAUACGUCCUGCACGCAACAGAGCCAGUGUUCGCCGUAUGGUGCCGCGUACUGCCCGACCGUCUCGCCAAAGCGAUGCACGUGCCAUCCUUACGCUCAGUACGACGAAGAAAAGCAGCUCUGCAUCGAAAAGGACGGCUACGAGGCGUACUGCGAGCGAGACACGGAUUGUACGUUGACGAACGCCCGCUGCUCGGAGCAGAAGACGUGCGUUUGUAAAACGAACUACUUCUUCGUGGACGAGCGCUGUAAAGCGGCCAAGGGUGGCCAGUGUGAGGUCGAGGCGGAUUGCGCCUUCGAGGAUGCCGAGUGCCAAUCGGCCGAUCCGUCGGAGGAUGAGAGUGGCGGACCGGGCGCACCGAAGCAGUGUACCUGCAAGAAGGGACACUAUUAUCAAACGUCGGCCAAUCGCUGCCUGAAGGAGGCCGAGCAGUACGGGGACGAGUGCAGUGCGGACGAGCAGUGUCAACCGUUGCUGGGCGAGUUGGGUCAGUGCAUCGAGGGUAAAUGUCAGUGUAACGCAAACGAGCAACACUUCAAAGACGGCAAGUGCAACAUGAAAAUCGCCCUCGAUGGGCGAUGCGGCAAGUCCAGCGAGUGCUUUGUGGAGGACGAACAGGACAAUGUCGAAUGUCGCAAUUCGGCUUGUCAGUGUAAGUUUGACUACUCCCCGGACGUGGAGCGGCAGAAGUGCAUUAGACCUAGCGGCAAAAAUUCUUCCGAUCGCCCCAGUGCCCUGAAGGUGAUUACACUCAUGCUUACCAGUGCCGCGGUGCUAAUUACGGGCUCUGCCUUGAGGGAUGCAUACUACGCCUAG